AUGGUUAGGACCAGAGGAUUAGGUCGUUCCUUAGGUCACGUUACUGGCAAGGGUGUGGGCCGAGGAGAUCGUGAUGAUUCUGAUGAUGCUCCGCAGUGUCAACGGCCUACCGCAUCCGCACGGAGGCAGCGAGUACUUGUGACUGCAGCUCACGAUGAGCCAGUGGUCCCUGCGCUAGAUGUAGAGGCUGACGUAUUUCCGGAUGACCCGAUGGCACCAGCUGAUGUAGAGGACACUGGGGCAAACAUUCCUACAGACACAGGCGCGCAGACUGCUGAGGAUGAGCAUGAGGGAUUUUCGGGUGGUCCAAGCGACCCAUCCGUGCUGACCCAGUAUGCGGAUCACGUUGCUUGCAGCGUAUGGAAGGGAGAGGAGCGUCCUGAGUUGAAGUUAUCCUCUCACGGGAAGAAGGUCCAUAGUUUAGGCAUGCCUGUCCCUGCCAUUGAGGGACUAGUUGCUGGGACAGGACUAAGUCCUCUGAUCGCGUGUUCGGUAGACACUGGCGAUCGGGGACUUUUGUCCUCGUUUGUCGAGAAGUGGCACCGGGAGACGUCUAGUUUCCAUCUCCCUGUGGGAAAGCUGACGAUCAUGCUGGAAGACGUCUCCUCGCUUUUGCAUCUGCCCGUGGUUGGCGACUUGCACGCGUUUCAGCCCUUGCACGUGGAUGAUGCAGUUCAGAUGCUGGUGGACUUAUUGAUGGUCUCUACAGAGGCUGCCAGGACUGAGACAGGGCAGUGUCGUGGACCGUACGUAUGCCUGCAAUGGGUACGUGAUAUCUACGAGCGCCGAUGCCAAGCAGGUCAUUGGACAGUUGAGGCUCACGCAUAUCUUUCUCAUCUUCUAGGUUGCACUCAUUUUGCUAACAAGAGUGCAACCAAUGUGCAUGUUGUGUAUUUGGAGGCCCUUCGUGACCUCAGUCAGACCGGGAUGUACGCUUGGGGAGUCACUGCUCUGGUGCAUAUGUACAACCAGCUGAACGAUGCCUCUAUCAGCAACAGUCGACAGCUUGACGGUUACAUCACACUGCUGCAGUGCUGGAUAUAUGGGCACUUUCCCUCAAUCGUGGAGUCCACUGCUGAUCAGGACUACGAUGAGGAUUCACCGUGUGCCUGUAGGUGGAUUGCGACGAAGAAGACCGUGAAAAACAUACUUACAUCGGUGUACAGGGAGUGCUUGGACCGACUCCGGAUUUCGGAUGGGCUUGUUGCUGUUUAUUACCGAACAAAGAGGGUUAUGCGGCAGUUUGGAUACACCUAG